AUCAUGGCAGAAUGGCACGACCGGUCAUGCCGCCGCCUAGACGUCUUCACCAGCGGCGGCAUCUCCAGUUGCCUCAGCUGCGGCUCCAUCCAACUCGACCUCGAAACACCACCCUCACCACCAGAAACACAAGACGAAAACAUAACAGACACCGCCGUCUACAGGCCCUUAGAAUCCCAAACAGACAUCCGCCUCCUCACCCUGGAGCCAGGGGAAUUCGCAGACCCCAUCAGAUGCACCCUCGCCCUGAGCAGCACCGCCAGCAUGAUAGAAUACGACGCAAUCUCCUACACCUGGGCGAGCGAGAACGGCGCCAUGGCCUGGACGCAGCCCAUCACCCUCGACGGCCGCGCCUUCCUCGUCACGGCCAACUGCGAGACGGCGCUGCGGCGCGUCCGCAGCCGCGGCGCCCAGAGGGUCGUCUGGAUCGACGCCGUCUGCAUGAACCAGCAGGACGUCGAGGAGAGGGGCCACCAGGUGCGUCUGAUGCCGCAAAUCUACUCCCGCGCACAGCGCGUCCUCGUCUACGUCGGGGAACCGGUGCCCGCGGAGGAGGCGCUCUUCCGCUUCUUGGAUGAUCGGGACACGACGACCCCGAACCUGCCUCGGCGGCUGUCGCUCCAGCAGGCGUUGGAGACGCUGCUUACACGGCGAUACUUUUCUCGAGCGUGGAUUCUUCAAGAGCCGCGGCUGCUGAACGUGCUGCAGCUGCCGUCGGUUCUGCAGUUUCGCGCGCCGACGUACAGGGACUCGAGUGACCUGCUCCGGCUCCUGGACCUGGCGCGCAACAGUCAUGCGUCAGAUCCAAGGGACAAGCUGUUCGCCGUGUAUGGGCUUAUAUCUUGCGCGCAGAGCGAUGGGAUUGUAGCGGACUAUACGAUGUCGACGAGGGAAGCGUAUAUGCAGAUGGCCAAGUGGAUUGCGCAGAGGUUUGGGAUCCCGGCGUUGCUGCUCAGGGCCUUUCACGUU